GUUUCAGCCUGACUGUCUUACCGUUGACUUGGGUCGAAUCUCAGCAUACCAUGGCUGCCUGGGUGGUAGUCACGACAAGAUGGACGUUGGCCGAAGUUCAGGCUGUAAUCACCGUCACGAUUACUCUUGUCUGUUUCCUGGCAUCAUCCACAGUUGCUCGACUCUUCUGGCAGACCAGCGCGGUAAGGCUGAGCCACAGUCGAAAUGUCCCGCUUUCGUCCCUGGUGACCUCGACGAGCCCCUCGGAGGUUUGGGACGUCGUUCGCUUAUUUAAAUCCCGGCUGUUCUCCUCGAGGCACCGUACGUUAGGAAUCCAGGGUAUCCUGGUCGUCCUUCUGAACGUGGGCGGGAUUCUGGCUGGAGUAGUUGCAAAGGUUUCUACUCGGACAGGGUCUAUCACUCCUCAUCGCCCGACUCAAGGCACCAUGGCGACGAGGACGAUGCAGGAUGAGAUUGAUAACACAGUCAGAUGGCAGAAGAUCAUGGAUACGCUCGAUCGAGCGAAAUUUCCGAGAGAUCAAUUGCUCGAUUUCCUCCCCGACCUGAAUACGGACUGGGUCUACAAGGCUGAAGAUUGGAACUCAACUUUCGCUGUCAAAUGUCACUCGACCCCACAGACUUUGAUCAGCCUGGAAGCAGUCGGAAACUAUAAUUACAGCCGCACCGCUUUGGGAGCCUUGUACGAAGUCCCGGGUCUUUGGUCCCUUUUCUCUGACGAAUGGCAACAGAACGCUUACAUGUAUGACGCCCAAGUUUACGGCGAAUGGACGAAUACCCAAUUUUGGAACUACGGCGUUGUCUGGAUAACAUCAACAGUCCAACCUUCAGGCGCUGGCAGCGACAUGACUAACAUGUCAGUGGCUCUGAUGGCUGUCAGUUUCAAGCACGCGCCAUAUCCACCAGACCCUGACGUGGGGAACUUUGGCAUUGGGCCGAUCCAACAAUCUUCGUUUACCAAAAUCGAAUGCGACAUCACGAGGAAGAGACCGCACGACUUUUCCUUCUUCGAGUCGUACCCAGCAGUCUUCUACAACAACAGCCAUCUAAGCGCCAUGUUGCAUUCGCAGUUCUGGCCCAAUCUCUUCCGGCCAACCAUCGAUGGCGACAUUCAAGUGAACGCUCCCUCUGGUGAAGAGAUGUUUCGACUAUACCAGGCUUACACCAUCAGCAAAGACACCUUUUACCCUCAUCCCGCAACGCGCCCGAUGAGUGUCAUAGUUCGCACCGUGGAAGUCUCCAUUGCUUUCCUCAUCGUCGCUGCUGUGGUAAUAUCGUUACUGCUAGUCGGUGUGAUCAGGAUCCUAUUCCUGUGGAAGCGGCACCACCACAUCACCAAGGACGUCCCUGAGUCAAAGAUUGACUGGAUGAUUCAAUCACUUCCCGGAGAGAAUCUAAAACGCGGCUCAUCGGUGUCCUCUUCUCCAGCGCUCAUGACGCCGGCGUACGGUGACGGCCAGGGGUACCUCCCGCUCUCUUCCUCAACGGGGGUCGAAAUGGACAAGCUCGACGUCCUCGAAAGCGCCGUCUUCAGCGUCGCAGACGGCGUCUGUACCCGUCCAAGAAGCGGCAGUUGGCGGAGCAGCACACCAUUCAGCAAAGUCCUGUUCUCACCCACGACCCCACCCCCUACUUCGAGGAGCUUUGGCAGUCUCAACAAUGGCAGCCCAUUGAGUCGCCACACAACCGCAGACCCUAGUCCGGGCCCGUAUUCCGAAUUAGCAAAUCUCCUGCCCACGACCUCGAAUCUUUGGGUCAGGACCCAUCGCAGCCAUGAUUCAGGCUCGACCCUAGUCUCCAAUUGGGAAACCUGAUCUUCAUUGUGGUGUUGCCGAGCAUGCGUAGUACUGAAGCCCUGUCCAGGGUGUGAAAACGCCAUGAUCGUCUAAAUCACUGGGUGUUUGUGCUCGUUUGGAUCAUCUUUUGAUGGAAGCAGCCUUUUUGGGAAGGGAUGGAAAUAACCUAAUGACCCAAUUCUUUCUUCC